AAUUCGACACACAAGGCGAUUGUGGACACGCUUAGAAUGGAUUGGAGAGCAAGGGCAUGAAGAGGUGGUGUAUAUGUGGAGAGUUUAUUCAAUAAAGUUCCUUAGAAAUAUUGGAGAAUUUGAUUCGAAGGUGGUCCCCUGUCGCUUACGCAACCAAACCGGGAGAGCAGCCCCGUGUUCACGCUAUAGCAGACCUGGCAACCCCACGUGUCUUCACGAUCAGACGGGGGCGAAGCGCGGCUCUCCAACAUGGCGGUCAAUCUAGCCGAGUUGUCUCUGCAGCAGCUAGAGGGCUUGAAGAGCCAGCUUGAUCAGGAGACGGAGUUCUUGACCUCUUCAAUCGGUCAGUUAAAAGUUGUACAGACCAAGUAUGUGGAGGCCAAGGACAGCCUGAACGUACUCAGCAAGGACAAUGCUGGAAAAGAACUUUUGGUUCCCCUGACCAGUUCUAUGUAUGUUCCAGGAAUGCUCAAUGAUGUAGAGCAUGUCUUGGUGGAUGUUGGAACAGGAUACUAUGUAGAAAAGAAUGUAGAAGAUGCCAAGGAAUUCUUCAAGCGGAAGAUUGACUUCCUCACAAAGCAAAUUGAGAAGAUUCAGCCAGCUCUGCAGGAGAAGCAUGCCAUGAAACAAGCUGUGAUUGAGGUCAUGAACAUGAAGAUUCAGCAACUACACAGUCAGCAAGCAUCACAAUCAGGGAUCACCAAAGCUUAAGAGAAAAUGUGAUUUUGAGAGUACAAAAAUGGCAUGUGUUGUCUUUUGGAGUGGGUCUCAAGGCCUAUGAAAGCAGAACCUGCACCAUACUGCAAACCUUGGUGGUAAUGGUAGGCAAAGCCACAUUUGAAAUGGUUAAUUUUCACAGAGAAUAUUGCAGUCAAUUAUGUAUCAGUACAUUCACAGCUGUCACAAACAGGUCAGAAUCGUGGCUGAGCUGUAAAGUGAAUGCCAGUUCUUUUUUUACUUUGAAUUAGUCCAAUAACUUAAAUAUUUUAAAUUGUCAUCAUGAAAGCUCACAGAGAAUUUAGCAAUAUCUGAAUUGUUUUUCUAUAGAAGCAGAAAUAUUUCUUUGUGUGCUCAUGUUACCUAGACAGAAAAACUGUAUGUGCUGUUUCUGGUUGCAUAUCAUUAUUUUGUACGAGCGAAUCGUACUAAACUGAGCUGUACUGUCCUGAUUUUGUUUUCAUGAAA